UGCGUCCCAUGGCUGCGCCCUUUGUGUCCCGUCCUGUGUGGUGCCACCGAGCGCGGCCAGCUUCACACCGACACCCCGCGCUGCUCCCCCCCCCUCCGCACAGCUCCGGCUCCGUGUCCCGUCUCCCUGAUGUCCCCUGGCGCCGCUCUCUCUCUCCGGACCGGGAUCCACCAGUUCUUCUCCCGGAGGUGGACGGGAGCUUCGUGCUGCCACUGCCUGCCCCCGUGGGGCUGUGAGACAUGCUGGGGCCGUGUUCUUUUCUCCCUAAGGUGGGACGACCGUCCGCAAGGAGAUCAUCAGGAACAAGAUCCGAGCCAUUGGCAAGAUGGCGCGCGUCUUCUCCGUCCUGCGAGAGGAGAGCGAGAGCGUGCUGACGUUGAAGGGCCUGACCCCCACAGGCACACUGCCCCUGGGUGUGCUGUCCGGGGGGAGGCAGACCCUGCAGACCGCCACAGUAGAAGCGGUAGAGGCACGGGAAGCCAUCCGGGGCUUCUCCCCGCAGCACAAGAUCCGCAGCUUCGAGGAGGCUCGGGGUCUGGACCGCAUCAACGAGCGCAUGCCGCCGCGCCGGGACUCGCUGCACGCCGACGGGGCGCUGCACCUCCACCCCAGCCCCAGCCCUGCCGACAAGAACAACGGCAAGAAGAGCCCCUAACGGCGCCUGGCAGCGGCCCAUGGAUUUUAUUUAUUUAUUGAUAUUUGGGAUGG